CGGCGCUGGUGGGGCCCUCGGAGCCACUUCCGGCGGCGUGAGACAUGGCCGCGGGCCGAGACCGCGGGGACUUGGCUGCUCGGCAGCUCGUGUUCCUACUUCCAGAAUAUUUAAAAGAUGCCUCAAAGAAGAUGAAGAAUGGCCUCCUGUUUGUAAAACUGGUCAACCCGCGCUCAGGGGAAGGAAACUUUUACUUAUUCGAUAUGUGUCUGCAGCAGCUGUUUGAAGUCAAAGUCUUCAAGGAAAAGCACCGUUCUUGGUUUAUAAAUCAAUCAGUUCAAUCAGGGGGCCUUCUCCACUUUGCAACACCCAUGGACCCUCUGUUUCUACUCCUUCACUACCUCAUAAAGGCUGGCAAAGAGGGAAAGUAUCAGCCCUUGGAUCAAGUUGUAGUGGAUGACAUGUUUCCAGAUUGCAUCUUGUUGCUGAAAUUUCCUGAGCUUGAGAAGUCACUUCGGCAUGUGACAGAGGAGAAAGAAGUCAACAGUAAGAAGUAUUACAAGUACAGCACAGAGAAGACGCUGAAGUGGCUGGUGAAAAAGGUCAACCAAACUGUGGCAGCAUUGAAAGCCAAUAAUGUCACUGUGGGAGCCCGGGUACAGUCAUCUGCAUAUUUCUCUGGUGAUCAGUUUUCCAGGGACAAGGAAGAAGAUUAUGUUCGCUAUGCCCAUGGUCUGAUCUCUGAUUACAUCCCUAAAGAAUUAAGUGAUGACUUAUCAAAGUCCUUGAAGCUUCCAGAACCUCCAGCUUCAUCUUCAAACCCUCCAUCAAAGAAACUAAAGUCAUCAGAUGAGCCUGUAGAAGCAAAAGAAGAUUACACUAAGUUUAACACUAAAGACUUGAAGACUGGCAAGAUGCCACCACAAAGACGAAAAAGGGGCAAGUGACGAGUGCUGCAAACCCAAGCAAGGCUUAGCUGCUUCCUGUGCAACUUCAGACGCUGCAAAGGGUUAAGACGUCUUCUGCACCUCCAAGAGCACUCUGCGACUUCAGGAAAACCACCAGGCACCAACGGUGUCUGUCCCUGUAGCUAGAGUUUUCCUGCCUGGCCCACAGUCAGGAUAAAUCUCUGUCACCCGCCAGUCCCACAACCGCUCAGACCCAACCAAGUAAACACAGAGAUUUAUAUUGGUUUCAAACUGUAUGGCCGUGGCAGGCUUCUUGCUAACUGUUCUUACAGCUUAAAUUAAUCCAUUUCUAUUAAUCUAUACCUUGCCACGUGGCUUGUGACUUACCGGUACUUUACAUCUUCCUUGUCCUGAUGGCGGCUGGCAGUGUCUCCCUCAUCCAGCUUCCUGUUCUCUCAAUUCUCCUCUCUGUUAGUCCAGCCUAUACUUCCUGCCUGGCCACUGACCAAUCAGUAAUUUAUUCAUUGACCAAUCAGCAACACAUUUGACAUACAGACCAUCCCACAGCAGUCCCAGGACCAGUGAUGAAUGUGGUGUUCCUUAGAUCAGUCAUGCCCGUUUCUCCUGGGAACUCUCGGUAGGGUGUUCUAUGCUGUGCAAGCUAUGUGCAAGCUACCCCAGAGUGUGGCUCCGAGGAGUGCUACUGCCUCAGACUUCAAAAUGUCCAGAAGAGGCUUCCUGUGAAAGCAAGGUCAUCCCUCUGCCUGACUUGGCUGGCUUCCUGCUUUUUGGGAGCGCCUGUGUAGUUGACAUAAACACAGGAGUUCACACUACAGACUCUGACAAACCAAGUUUCAACCUUUUAAAUACUUCUUUACUUCUUACCAACUUGGCAGCUUCUAAUGCAAUAAUGAUGGCCUAAUAUGGACAUUUUACAACUUCUUAGAGUUAUAAACAUGGCUUCUUUAAAAAAAAAAAUUGUCGAGUGUGUG